UUCUUCAAAUAUAUAUCACUCGCUCUCGUCUUCCUCAUAUUGUCUGUCUCUCUCAAACGAAACCAUCAGCGCGACGUCUCUCUCACUCCGAGACGGGAAAAAAUCUCCUCCUCAAAGGAAGAGCGAGUGGCUUUGACGAAAGAUUGCUUGGAAGAUUCGAAUCAGACGGGAGAUCGGAGUCAAGCCUGCGUUACGAAAUUUCGAUGCGGUGAUGGGUGCUGCGGGCUCCAAACUCGAGAAGGCUCUCGGCGACCAGUUUCCAGAGGGCGAGAGAUACUUUGGCCUCGAGAAUUUUGGCAACACGUGUUACUGCAACAGCGUAUUGCAGGCGCUUUAUUUUUGUGUUCCAUUUCGCGAGCAGUUACUGGACUAUUACGCAACCAAUAAGAACAUUGGGGAUGCGGAAGAGAAUCUUCUGACAUGCUUGGCAGACUUAUUUACACAGAUAAGUUCACAGAAGAAGAAAACGGGUGUCAUUGCUCCUAAACGUUUUGUACAGAGAUUGAAGAAGCAAAACGAAAUUUUCCGUAGCUAUAUGCAUCAGGAUGCUCAUGAAUUUCUCAACUUUUUAUUGAACGAACUUGUUGACAUAUUGGAGAAAGAGGCCCAAGCUGCAAAGAACAAUCCGGAAAAUUUAUCUCCACCUGAAAAGAUUGCAAAUGGACCAAAAAUUGCUCCGGCAAACGGGGUUCAAAAGGAGCCUCUGGUUACAUGGGUACACAAAAAUUUUCAGGGAAUACUCACCAAUGAGACAAGGUGCUUGAGAUGUGAAACGGUGACAGCAAGGGAUGAAACUUUCUUUGACUUGAGUCUGGAUAUUGAACAGAACAGUUCAAUAACAAGCUGUUUAAAAAAUUUUAGCUCUACAGAGACACUGAACGCAGAGGAUAAAUUUUUCUGUGACAAAUGCUGUAGUUUGCAGGAAGCUCAGAAGAGGAUGAAGAUAAAGAAGCCUCCUCGCGUUUUGGUCAUCCAUCUGAAACGAUUUAAAUAUAUUGAGCAGCUUGGCAGGUACAAGAAGCUAUGUUAUCGGGUUGUCUUCCCACUCGAGCUUAAGCUGAGCAACACCAUGGAAGAUGCAGAUAUUGAGUAUUCCUUGUUUGCAGUUGUUGUCCAUGUUGGCAGUGGUCCCAAUCAUGGGCACUAUGUCAGCCUUGUGAAAAGCCACAAUCACUGGUUGUUUUUUGAUGACGAAAAUGUGGAGAUAAUUGACGAGUCAGUCGUACAGACAUUUUUUGGGUCGGCACAGGAGUAUUCUAGUAAUACGGAUCACGGGUAUAUCUUGUUCUACGAGAGCCUUGGUGCCAGCAACAAGAGUUGAGAAGAUGGUCAUUGGUUUUAUGAGUAGGCAUUUUAAUCAUUUUGAAGUUGACUUUUUAACUUUUUGCCUAUUUUCAUCAUUUUUUUCUUCCCCUUUUUCAUCAUCGGUGAGAUGAUAUGGGUUGUGAAAAUGUAUACUUAGGUGGUUACCAUGUACAGCAAAUGGUCAGAGGACACCCACCUUUUGUUUCUUCACAAUAAGAGGGAAAAAGGCAUUGUAUAAUUGCUUAGAACGGUCCUCAUUUUACAGUUGUUUGCAGGAAAUGGUGACUGGCAAUGAAACUGGUCAUCUUGUUUAGUGUUUACGGACGUCUGUUAUAUAUAUGACUGUCUUGUGCCUCUA